AGGGCAUUCGGCAGUUCACAACUUCCAUCUCAACUCAACAUGUAGAGCGCGCUGGCAUCCAGACGUAGGCUACCCGACAGACUGGUGCUGUUUAACUGUUAUUAUCAACAUGAUUCCGCCAGCGAACAUGAUUCAGGAGGACACGAUGGGCAAGGAGAACGAACGGGAGCUCCGUGAGCCACAGUCCCCCACAUCCAUCAGCCAACAGGAGUCAAAGUUGCAGAGGCUUAAGCGUUCACUGUCCUUCAAGACCAAGAGUCUUCGCAGCAAAAGCGCUGAUAAUUUUUUCCAACGGCCGAUCGAGGAUGUGAAGUUUCAAACCGAACUGCUCUCGGAUGUCAGCAGCAGCACAGGUCAUCUGAGCACCAUCGGUAUGUCCGUCUCAGCCUCCCCAGCGAUGUCCCUUCCUCCACCACCCCCUCCGCUGCCCACCGUCAUCCCGGGCAACCUACCCAUCACAAUCUGUUCUCCAUCCCGUGCCCCCCGCCAGACGGACUCCAAUGCACACACCUUUCUAGAGCACAUCUUCAAGAAGCCACAAUUCUGUGACAUCUGCAACCACAUGAUUGUAGCUUGCCAAGGGGGAGCAGGCAAGGUGUUCGGCACCAAUGCUAAGCUGGGGCUCCGGUGCAAAGCCUGCAAGAUGGGCAUCCACCACAAGUGCCUGGAUGGAGUUGGACAGCAGAGAUGCAUGGGGAAAUUGCCCAAAGGUUUUCGGAGAUAUUCUAGCUCCCCUCUGCUGAUUCAGGAACAGUUUGGCUGCAUUAGGGAGGUUAUGCCUAUUGCCUGUUGCAGCAGAGUUGACCCGGUGUAUGAGACUCUGAGGUUUGGAACCUCUCUGGCACAAAAGAACAAGCGGACCAGUGGAUCGGAGUCCCCACAGAGAAACUCUACCAGUGAUGUGGCUCCGGUACCAGAGGAAAAGGCGGCCCACUGCAGUCGUGCUCAACUCACCAGGAAACCCAGUGACAAUGUUUUUACAUCCUUGGAGAAUGGAACUGAACAUUUUCAUAUUGCUGAAAGGAAAUCAGAAGAAUCAUCUUCAAACAGAGAACUGAAGAGGGACCCCCUGCAGCUCAAUACUUACGUGGCUUUGUUCGGAUUCACCCAACAAGACAACCAAGACCUGGAAAUGAGACCUGGAGAUCGAAUAAUCCUGGCAGAUGAUUCCAAUGAUGACUGGUGGAAGGGUGUGAUUGAAGAUAGAAUAGGUUUUUUCCCGGCAUCCUUUGCACAUCAGGUGAGGGCAGGCGACAGGGUGUUCAGAUGUCACCGAACCUUUAUUGGCUGUAAGGAACAAGGGCAGAUUACCCUGAAAGAGGGACAAAUUUGUGUCAGCAGUGAGGAUGAACACAAUGGCUUCAUCAGAGUAGCCAGUGGAAAGAAGAGAGGAUUUGUGCCCUGUGACGUCCUGGAGAAUAUAUGAAAUGAAAGAACAGAGAAAAGAAAUGGUUUUGGUUGAAGAAAAAGAGACUUUCCAGGGCAACAACUCGUGCCACACCUGUAGGAGGAGCAGACACUGCCGGGCUCUCAGGAGGGAUCACAACAGCCCUGUUCUAACCCCUGUCUUACUCAGUGACAAAGGAAGAAUGUACACUGACUCCAAAGAGUAUUUGGACACCUAAAAAUGCAUACAUUUCAUUUCAUUAAAGCUGCAGUCCGUAGCUUUUUUUGGGUAAAAAAUUAUCCAAAAUACAUAUUUGAGAAAAUACAUAACCAGCCAGUGUUCAAAACUUUCUGCUUGCCUUAGCUCGAUUCAAAGCGGUAAG